GGGGGCCCUGAUGUCCUGCUAGCUAGCUAACGUUAGCAUCUGUAACCAGCUGUGAAUGUUUAAACCCCUCGGUCUACAUAAUAAGGCCUCGUCUUUGUUAUUGCUCGGAUCACAAGCACUUUUAACACCAAACGCUUAACCGUAAGGGUCUGGUGCGAGCUGAUCGGGUCAGAUGGAAGUCAUUUUUGUAGAACAAAUCCUCACCUCGGUUAGUUACAGCUUUGUGUUGUGUUUGCUGUGUGAGUUUAGACACAAAGGCGCUGGCUGAGGGAGCUACCAGUGAGCUACAAAAUGUGUCGACUCGAAUGUGGAUGUAGUUCGUGUGUAAAUCAGUAUCGGAUUAAAAAAAGCAAAACGUUUUUUUUUGGGGGGAGUUUAUUUUUCUAACACCCCCCCCCCCCUGCUAGCAAAAUGUAGCAUGUUGCUAGCUAUUUGUUCAAGUGAACUAGCUUUGUUUAUAGGAAAGAGAACAUUCCGGAUUCUAUUAUUCACUGUUCGUAUCGAGAACGCAAGCCAAAGCCUGGGCUCGUCUGACGUCACUGUGCCUGGUCUUCUUCAGUGCUGUCAUCUAUUAAGACGCUUAAAAACAUCCCUCUUCCCCUUUUUAAGUGUGAGAGGUCUCCAGUUGUUCACAGAGCAAGGAUCCCAGCUUAACGCACAGUUGGAGGGCUGGUUAUCUCAAGCACAAGCUACAAUAGGACCUGCUAGAGCCAUUAUAGCACCACAUGCUGGUUAUACUUACUGUGGUUCUUGUGCAGCACAUGCCUACAAGCAAGUGGACCCUUCUGUCACUCGGAGGGUAUUUAUUCUGGGACCUUCCCACCAUGUGCCCCUGUCACGAUGUGCUCUGUCCCCUGCUGAGGUCUACAGAACACCACUGUAUGACCUGAGGAUCGACCAGAAGGUGUAUGCUGAUCUCUGGAAAACGGGCAUGUUUGAGAGGAUGACUUUGCAAACCGAUGAGGAUGAGCACAGCAUUGAGAUGCACCUGCCUUACACUGCCAAAGCAAUGGAAAGCUGCAAAGAUGAGUUCAGCAUUGUUCCGGUGCUGGUGGGAGCUCUGAGUGAAUCUAAAGAGCAAGAGUAUGGCAAGCUGCUCAGCAAAUACCUUGCUGAUGAAUCCAACCUAUUUAUAAUUUCAUCAGAUUUUUGCCACUGGGGUCAACGGUUCCGUUACACAUACUAUGAUGAAAAUCAGGGUGAAAUCUAUAGAUCCAUUGAGCAUCUGGACAAGAUGGGUAUGGGGAUUAUAGAACAGCUGGACCCAGUGUCCUUCAGUAACUACUUGAGGAAAUAUCACAAUACUAUUUGUGGUCGCCACCCCAUUGGAGUUCUACUAAAUGCUGUAGCAGAGCUGAAGAAGAACGGUCUAGACAUGAACUUUUCUUUCCUGAAUUACGCUCAGUCCAGCCAGUGCCGAAACUGGUCAGACAGCUCAGUGAGUUAUGCUGCUGGAGCUCUUAUAGUUCAUUGAGGUGAAUUCACCCAGGAGCAACUCUGAAGACCUCAGCAACAUCUCCUACUUCUUUAAAUAAAAUAGCUCAAUCACCCUCAACCUGUCUGCCUUCUAACCCCGUUUCCUUAUUUUCUCUUUGCCUUUUCCAAUGAAAGGACCUUAGAUUUGCUGAGAUGAGCUACACAGCAUUAAAUACUAAUUAAAUAUUUUCAACUAUCGCACCCUACUCCCUUUUUAUUCCCUGUUCCACUUUGUUAAUGUUCUAGUUUGGAGUACAUUUGCAGCCUGUGCUGCUCUGUACGGGUUUUUUUUUUUUUUCUUUGCAAACUUUCCAGCAGUCGAUUUUGUAGCUUGAUGGAAUCUGCAAGGACUUUACCUGUCAAGUUCUUCAAUAUCUGUAAGAACAUUUGGUUCCGUUAAAGUUGAAAUAAACAAUGUAUCCAUAACGACAA